AUGGUAAUAUUCAUGUUGUCUCUUUAAGAUCUAGCUUAGGCUGGUCUGAUACUUUAUCCUUUCCAGGCUACGUGUUAUUUAGACAUCUACAGCCUUUUAUUAGAAAGUAACAUUUCUGUGACUUAAAACUGCAGGAUAUUAUACUUUUGAGUGAUAACAUCUCUCAAAAUUUAACUUUGAGCUGCUCACCUUUCUGGGAACAGAGCAUCAGUGUUAUCUGAGAGUACUCUGAACUGUUAUGCAUAUUGACAUAAAUCAACAGUUCUCUGAAGCUUCCAUGCUUAAUGAUUUUGGACCUCUUGGUCUAGACCUGUGCACUCUAAUUUAUCAUCAAUGAGAAAUUUCCAACUACACCAGAAGAAAACAUAAAGUGAAACAUAUCAACCAUCUUUAAGGGCAGCAGUUCGUAGCAGCUUGUCACAUGUACCAACUCUAGUUAAACUUUAAUUCAUCAGUAUCAAAGAGAAAAUUGUUGCAGAUAACAUCAUUUUAUGUUAUCCAGUUUAAGGGAAACUGACUUGAUUUUAUGGGAAGCACUGUAACUAAUCUAGCCUGUAACUAGAUUUAAAGUUGAGUAUAUUUGAAGAGGUUUCUGACUCAGUAACAGUUCAAAUUAUGAGCUCUGUCUUACUUAGUGAGGACUCAGACAGGAACCUCAUGCUUUGCCUUCAGAAUGAAGCUAAUGAAAUGGAAAAUCCUACUGAACCUCUGAAUAAGAGGCCUUGUUUGUCCUCUGAAGUUGAUUCUACUUCGUAUAUGUCAGCUCUUGAAUUCCCACUACAAGAAAUGGAGCAAAGUUUUGGUUUGGUCACAACCACAGCCACAGAGGUGGCUGAGGAAGAGUUUGGUGGGGAAAAUAUGAUGCAAUUCGAGGUUUUAAAAGAUGACAAACAAUAUGAAGUUUUCCCCUUGCCUAACAAGGAAGAGUCAGUAGUUAGCCAAGCAUGGUUCACAAGUAAGGAAGCUAAGGAUGCUCUAACUCAUCAAGGACAGAAAUGGAAGCAGGGGAUGUGGUCCAAGGAAGAAACAGCUAUUCUGAUGAACAACAUUGAAAGGUAUAUGAAGGACCAUGGAGUAGAGAAUCCUGCAGAAAUCAUUUUUAAGAUGGCAAAAGGUAAAAGAAAAGAUUUCUACAGGUCUGUAUCAUUGGGUCUGAAUAGACCUUUGUUUUCAGUUUAUAGAAGAGUGGUCCGAAUGUAUGAUGACAGAAACCAUGUGGGUAAGUACAGCCCUGAGGAAAUAGAGAAGCUCAAGGAGCUCUGGCAGAAGCAUGGCAAUGACUGGAUAACAAUAGGGGCCGCCAUGGGAAGAAGUCCAUCUUCGGUCAAAGACCGGUGCCGACUGAUGAAGGAUACUUGCAACACGGGGAAAUGGACCGAAGAAGAAGAACAGCUUCUUGGCGAUGUGGUUCAUGAAUUGACAUGCACUGAGGUGGAUGAGAAAGUUACCCAUGGUGUGUGUUGGGCAACAGUGGCUCAACGAGUGGGUACUCGCUCAGCAAAGCAGUGUCGUGCUAAAUGGCUCAACUACUUGAACUGGAAACAGACUGGUGGUAUUGAGUGGACAAGGAAAGAUGAAGUCACUCUCAUCCAAAGGCUAGUAGAGCUUGAUGUAUCCGAUGAAAGUGAAAUUCGCUGGGAUGAAUUAGCUAAAGGAUGGGAAAGUGUUCGUUCACCACAAUGGCUGCGAAAUAAAUGGUGGAUCAUCAAAAGGCAAAUUACAAAUCAUAAAGAUUUUGCAUUCCCAGUCCUAGUAAGAUGUCUUCAACAAGAAUAUGAAAGCCAAAAUGCCAGCCUCAGGUUUUGGGAGAAUAAAUCAGGAUCUGAAGUACCAGAUAGCAACCCUGAUAUCAUUUUUCAACAAGUCCCCUUUGGAGUCACAAGUAUAGAAAAUAAUAAUGCAUCCAUCUGUACUGACCCCAUGACAGGAUUGCAAAUUUCAUUCCAGCUCAUCCCCAGACCCACAACAGAAUUACCUGAUGCUGUUGUUGACUCUGAAACCAUAACCCUGCCCACUGGACCACAGUAGAUAUGUGAGAAUCUCCCUUCUUUCCUUAUGUGUUCCACUCCCUUACCUUAAACCUAUUUCCUUCAAACAAGUUCAACUCAUGACCUUCCUUUAACUUUGACCAUUUGUUUCACAUUAAGCCUGACAGCUGUUACACCUAAUCCUUCUAGCCCUUCACAUUUCAUCAUUUAUCCCCAUAGCAUCCUGUUGAACAUUCCAGUCAAUUUUAUGUGGCAUGUGGUAUACCAAGAAUCAUCACUAAAUUGUUACCAAAAAUGACAUGGCAUUUUUCACAUCCCAAGCAGAAAUAGCAGUCAAAGAUGACAUCUAUUUUUAAGAUUUUUGCAGAUUUUAAUGCAUUCAAAGCAUACAAUUUCCCUGAUAUAAUUCUUUAGCUAAGAUGGCUCUGCUGCCAUAAAUUAAUGAUGCUCUUAUUUAUAAAUUCAGACACACAAAACACACAGCAAAAAAUUAAUGAACCAUGAUAUAAGUACAGCUGAAAAAGAAUUUUCCCACACCAACCAGAAGAAGAACAAGAAGAACAAGAAGAACAAGAAGAACAAGAAGAACAAGAAGAACAAGAACAAGAACAAGAACAAGAACAAGAACAAGAACAAGAACAAGAACAAGAACAAGAACAAGAACAAGAACAAGAACAAGAACAAGAACAAAACAACAAGAAAAUUCACUCAGAUUUAUUGAGUGCUUGUGUUUCUGAGGAGUUAGUCACUCAUCAUAGUAGAGCAAGUGCAUUAAACAAGUAGUGAAAAAACAAACAUGAUUUUUGCUCCUUCACUACCUGGCUUGAUUAAAGCAGGGGAUUUUAUAGGUACUGAAUCAGUGUUGCUUGUCAAAACACUAACAAGUAUCAUUGAAUAACCAAAGCUUAAGUGCAGUAAUAUCCAUCUAUAUACAUCAGAUAUGCUACUAGAUCCAGUCUUUAUGAGGACUGAUUCUGUUUCUGCACGUCCUCACAGUAUAGUGAAAUGCUUUUUUGAUUACAAACCCAAGAGUCUUUGGAGUUGACUAUGUGGUAUUUAUUCAUGGUUAGCUCAUUGCUGGUCCCUGGAGCCAAUAUUUUUUUUUUUCUUCUUAGGAAGGAAAAAUAAGAAAUUGAGUCAAGAAAAGUCACUUUAGUUUUACUGUUUGUAAAGGGAGCAGGAGUUUCUAACUAAAUUCCCUAUCAACUAAGAAGUGCCCACCCUCCCAUAUAAAGCCACAAGGUUUCAAUUAGCGCAUUGAGCUGAAAAUAAAUGGAAAAAAGUGAUACCCUGACUGUACCUGAUAGCCCAGACAUUUUAUUACAUGUUGUAGUAUAUCAAAUGCAUAGAAAUCCCAGAAAGAACUUGUGUUGUACCCUCACCAGGCAAUGUGCUACAUAAAUAGCAAAUUUAGACACAAAGUUUACUUGAGUAUCUAAAGAAACAGAAAAAUAUUCCUUCCUACUUUUUAUUGACUUGAUCGCUACAAAAUUUCACCAAAAGUAUAAUUAUACAUUUUGAUUGUGAACAAUGACUAUAUCAUAAUUAACUAUUUCACCUUAAUAGAAUAUGAAAAUAAUGUGAAAUGUUGGUUGGAUGAUGAAUAUUUUGUGUGUUUAAGAAUAAAACAAGCUGUCUUACAAUAU